CGUCAGCUCGUGAGGGAGAAGCAUUGCAAGGAAGAUGAAUUUCUACUAUCAUCCCGCGUCACCGUACUGCCGGGCAGUGAUGCUGGUGGCGAAAGCGCUCAAGCUGAACCUCAACAUGCUGUACGUCGAUCUGAUGACGGACGAACAGCUGCGACCAAGCUUUACAGCGAUCAAUCCAUUCCACUGCGUACCGACACUGGUGGAUAACGAUUUGACGCUGUGGGAGUCACGUGCCAUACUGGUGUAUCUGGUCGACAAGUACGGCCGAACCAACAGCCGGCUCUACCCGAAGGAUCCCAAGACACGGGCGAUCAUUAACCAGCGGCUAUUCUUCGACCAUGGCACCCUUGGCACACGGCUGGAGGACUACUUUUAUCCGCUCUACUUCGAGGGUGCCACGCCCGGUGGUGAGAAGCUCGAAAAGCUGGAAGAAGCGCUCGGCUGGCUGAACGAAUAUCUUAUCACGAAUCCGUAUGCCGCCGGACCAAACAUGACGCUGGCGGAUUACAGUCUGGUGGCGACCGUUUCUUCGCUCGAGGUGGUCCAGUACGAUCUGAGCAAGUAUCCGGCCAUUGCCGCCUGGUACGAGGGCUGCAAGGCAACGAUCGUCGACUAUCAGGAGAUCAACGAGAGCGGAAUGCAGCAGUAUCGUGCGUACUUCGAGUCGGGAUUGCAUCCCGUCGCCUAGCAACUGCAUAGUUUCGGAUGUCCUUCCGGUCGCAAGGCCACACUUCAGGGAACUUGAUAGGAUGAUGUUCAUGUUUUAAAUUUUUUGUUGUCUUUUGUGUGUGUGUGUGUACAAUUGGUAAUUGGUUUAACAGCUAGUUUUCUUACAACCUAGGAUAACACAGAUAAACGUUGCUAACAAUAAAUAGGUAUAGUGCGACUGUA